GCCACUGUGAUUUCUUUUGUUUACCAUUUAGACUUUGUUUUCGACAUGGCCGACACGAAAUCGGGGCCCGGUCGGUAUUCCGCCGCCGGGGGCAGUGGGACCGGGACCAGUGGCCUUUCGCCCUUGGUCCAGGGACCGGCGAACCUGGAAUGCAAGGAUUUCCAGGAGUAUCUGCGCACCCGCCAAACGCCGGAGUCGCUGGACAAACUCUACAACUACCCGCCCAUUUGCUUGGCCGUGUUCCGGGAGCUGCCUGAGAUAGCAAGGCAGUUUAUUAUACGGAUACUUUUUGUGGAUCAACCGGUGCCACAAGCAGUUGUUUCAUCAUGGGGUGCCCAACGUUGUGCCAAGGAGCAAACGGAGGCCACUAGCUGCCUGACGGCGUUGAAUGUCUGGCGGGUAACAGCUAUUCCUGGAGGUCUUUCAGCCUGGGAACUUUCGCCCACCUUCAAGAAGAGUGUACGCCAGGUGCUGCUGGGCGGGGGAAAGCCGUGGCCCAUGACCAACACGCUGGAGAAGGACUCGAAGCCCAGGGACAUCGCCUUCCUGGACACAUACGCCAUGUCCCGAUGGUGCUGCGUGCUGCACUACAUGGUUGGCACCGGGAAUCGCAAUGGCACCGAUGCGGAAGCGAUAAGUCCGGAUGCCGUGAGGAUUCUGCUCCAUGCCAAUCUCAUGAAGCGGGAUGAACGCGAUGGCAUCACCAUAACCCGUCAGGGUUUUCAGUUUCUGCUGCUAGACACACGGGCUCAGGUGUGGCACUUUAUGCUUCAGUACCUGGACACGUGCGAGGAGCGAGGGAUCAGCCUGCCCGAGUGCCUGUCUAUGCUAUUUCAGCUCAGUUUCUCCACGCUGGGCAGGGAUUACAGCUCGGAGGGAAUGAAUAACCAGAUGCUGACCUUCCUGCAGCAUCUGAGGGAGUUUGGAUUGGUCUUCCAGCGAAAGCGCAAGGAGGGCCGCUUUUAUCCCACCCGUUUGGCUCUGAAUGUGACCAGCAAGGAGGCUGCGGCGACUGCCUCCGUGGCCACGGAUGAAGAGGGGACCCAAGACAGUGGCUACAUCGUGGUGGAAACAAACUACCGGGUGUAUGCCUACACGGACUCGCCGCUCCAGGUGGCCGUGCUGGGUCUGUUCACGGAGCUGCUCUACCGCUUUCCCAAUCUCGUCGUGGGCGUCCUCACCCGAGAUUCAGUGCGUCAGGCGCUGCGGGGCGGAAUUACGGCCGAGCAGAUUGUAUCGUACCUGGAACAGUAUGCACAUCCCAACAUGCGGUUGGUGGAGUCGGCCAUUCAGUCAAAAUCCUGCCUGCCGCCUACAGUCGUUGACCAAAUUAAACUGUGGGAACUUGAGCGAAAUCGCUUCACCUACACGGAAGGCGUGGUAUACAAUCAGUUCCUCUCCCAGACCGAUUUCGUAACGCUCAGGGACUACGCUCAGUCAAUCCACAUGCUGGUGUGGCAAAACGAACGAACUCGCACCAUGGUGGUGCAAAAGAAUGGCCACGAUGAUGUCAAGCGAUACUGGAAGAAGUACUCUAAGAGUGGUGUUUAACCCGGUAUUUCUUCCCUUCCUACAGAUUGGAGUUCAACUAAGGGUCCGUCUCUAUUUCGAUUCUAAGCUAAAUGUUUAAUAUAUAGUUUAAUAAGUGAGUGGGAGAUAUAGCAUCGACAUAUAACAUACAAGAAAAUGAAUACAAUUAAAGUACAUAGGUAUCAUAUACAAGAAAUAAUUACACGAAACCACUUUAAA